AUGGAGAGUGACAAAGAGGGAUUCAAUCUGAAGAGGGAAGUGGGGCUUGUAGGGGCUGUGUCAUUCAUCGGUGGCACCAUUAUAGGAUCUGGGAUUUUCAUUUCCCCCCAGUUUGUGCUGUAUGCCAUCGGCAGCCCCGGGGCCAGCCUUGUCGUCUGGGCUCUCUGUGGGUUGUUAUCCAUGCUGGCGGGACUCUGCUAUGCUGAACUUGGCACAGUGAUGCCAGAGUCUGGAGGAGAGUUCAUCUACAUUCUGCGGACAGUCGGCAAAGUGGUGGCCUUCGUGUAUGCCUUCAGCUACAUCAUCGUCGUGAGGCCUGUCAGCGCUACAGGAACUGCUCUGAGUUUUGCUGAAUAUGCUGUGGCCCCCUUUUACGUCUGCACCCCUCCACAGCUGGUGGUGAAGGUGGUGGCUGCAGGAGUCAUCAUGGUGCUGGCUGUCGUUAACUGUCUGAGCGUCCGCCUGUCCACCGCCAUCCAGGUGGUUUCCAUGGUGGUCAAAAUGCUGGCACUGGCAGUGAUCGUACUGGGAGGUGUUGUGAUGCUUUUCCAAGGACACACUGAGAGCUUUGAUGACUCCUUUGAAGGAACGAAUGUUGGUGUCAGCUCAAUUGGCAUUGCUUUUUAUCAGGGCUUGUGGUCCUAUAGUGGGUGGAACACUUUGAAUUAUUUAACUGAGGAGGUGAAACAUCCUGAAGUAAGUUUGUGUUUUCUGUUUUCACAAUGA